AUGCGUUUCACCCUCUGUGCAAUCGCCUGUCUUGCCUCAGGUGCCGUAGCGAAAUGCUUGACUGAGGCUGCCGCCAACCGAGUCGCGAACAACUUCAGAAGUACCAUCACCGAUUACAGCACCGCCUUGGCUGCAAGAGUCCUCUCGGCAAACUUCAUCGACUACUCUGACGGCGUGAACGAGCUGAUCAACAACGGAUGCCCUAACGGCCCUAAACCUCUCGGAAACGCUACUUUCUCCUCCCUCGCAGACUUCCAAGCCGGCCAGGCCUCUCAGCCGCCAAUUCCUUUUGAGAUCCUAAAGAUCUGGUACAACUGCGACACUGUUAUUAUGCGUUGGAGAUCUGUUGCGCCAGGCUUUGUCCAGCCGGAAGAGCCGGUCACUGGCAUUAUCGUGCUGGAAACUUCCUGCUCUAAAGGCAAAGAGCCUUUCUUGAUCGACACUGUCUACUCGGAGUUUAACAGCGGUGCCUGGCUCUACGAUCUUGGCAUCUUCAAGCCAACGAACUGCACGGCUUGA